GACAACGACGAGAAUCAACCAAAUUAGUUUUCACAUUGUUAUAUUCGUGCUUUAUUUGGCUCUGUGUGUGUGUGCGCAAUAUCGUAGAUGUUUGAUUGUUCUUAAGCGGUUGUUUGUUGUUGUCGUUGUCGUUGUCGUUGUCGUUUUUUCAUCGCUAUUUUCUUUCGCGGCAAAUCGGAAAAUUCUCUGCAAUUUUCCCCGUGCAUUCAGCUUGUAUAUAAUAUCGGGUAAACGCUCGCUAAUUGGCAGACGGCACGGAAAUCAUCGGAAAUGAAUGAUGCCCGGCUGUAUGAGAAAGCGGCAACUUCGCUGGAUAAAAGCCGCAUGGAAAAGCUGCACGAAUAUGUCCGGGAUCAUUGCCAUCGGGCCCGAAGUGAGGGCGUGGACGUGAAGGCGCGCCGGAAACUGAUCAUAGCCAGCAUUCUGUGUUUGGUCUUCAUGAUUGCCGAAAUCGUGGGUGGCGUCCUAUCGAACAGUCUGGCCAUCGCAACAGACGCCGCACAUUUGCUCACCGAUUUCGCCAGUUUUAUGAUCUCGUUGUUUGCCAUCUGGAUUGCCGGACGCCCAUCUACGCAGCGGAUGUCCUUCGGCUGGUAUCGGGCUGAGGUUAUUGGCGCCAUGGCCUCCGUCUUCAUGAUCUGGGUCAUCACGGGGAUUCUCGUCUGGCUGGCCAUCGGACGUCUCAUUAGCGGCGACUACGAGGUGAAUGCGAAGAUCAUGCUGAUCACAUCGGGCUUGGCCAUAUUGGUGAAUGUCAUAAUGGGCGUCCAGCUGCAGCACGGCCAUUCGCAUGGUUUGGGAGGAGGUGGUGGUGGGCAUGGCCACAGCCAUGGUGACUCCUCCAAGAAGUCAAAGAAGAAGACGCCCAAAGCCAUUCCGUCUCACGCCCAUGCCACGUCCACGCCCUGUUCCGCCUCUCCCAACCAGCGGAUUGAGGGGGGCGUGGCCUUUGCCCCCGAGGACGCCGAACUGCCCGGUAGCGGUCUGCCCACGUUCUCCUACCAGAAUGCCAAGCUGGUGGAUCCGGCCGCCGACCUGGAAAUUGCAGCCGUUCUGGCCGAGACAGCACCCGGAUCACAUCAUCAUGGCGGAGCGGCUGGACGCGAGGCGGUCAACAUGAAUGUCCGGGCCGCCCUCAUCCAUGUGAUUGGCGACGUGAUCCAGAGCUUGGGCGUUUUUGUCGCCGCCGGCGUCAUCUAUUUUUGGCCAGAGUACUCCAUCGUUGAUCCCAUUUGCACAUUCGUCUUCUCUAUCAUCGUCCUCUUCACCACGUUCACGAUCAUGAAGGAUGCCCUGCUGGUGCUCAUGGAGGGAACGCCCAACUACAUGCACUAUGCCGAGGUGCUGCAGAUUUUCCAAGGCAUCGAGGGCGUUGAGCGGGUGCACAAUUUGCGCAUCUGGGCGCUGAGCAUUAAUAAAGUGGCGCUAUCUGCGCAUUUGGCCAUUGCCACCAAUGCCAAUCCGAAGCGGAUUCUGGAUGCAGCCACGUCGGCGGUUCAUCUGCGCUACAACUUCUUCGAGACGACCAUCCAGAUCGAGGACUAUGUGCCCACCAUGGAGAGCUGCUUGCAGUGCAAUGUGCCGGAAAAGUAAAGUCCGUAUGCCAAUAUGUAUGUUAAUAUAAUACGAUGUAUGUUCAAUAUUUAUUUUGCUGUACGUCAGAUAAGAGUGACACCCUGGCCAUGCAUGAAAUGGGUCAACAAAAACCCGGUAAACCAACCAACAACUAAACAUAACAAUAAAAUUGGCGUUGAUUUUGCUCCUUA